AUGUCAUCCACACAAAAACAACAAUUAACACCUCAACAAUUAGAGGAAAUUAGAAAAGCAUUCAAAAAUUGUGACAAGGAUAACUCCAACUCCAUCGAUCGUCAAGAGUUACAAACUCUCCUCGAGACCACACUAAAAACCAACCUCUCCGACAAGAUGCUUCAAAAAUACGUCGAUGUUCAAUUCAACAAGAAUGACACCAACAAGAACAAUGUGAUUGAUUACGAUGAAUUUGUGAAAUUGUACACAACUCUUUAUUUCUCACCAGAAUUGCCCAUUUCCAUGCGUCUCGAAAACAAGUCAUCUUCCUUCCGAAAGGAACCUACCACUUCAACACCUUCCAAUACUGUUGCUCCACCACUUCCUCAGAAAAAGCCAUUGACUGAACAGGAAAAGAGAAAAGCUAAACAAUGUUUUGACAAGUUCGAUUUGGACAAAUCAGGAACUAUUGAUCGAAAUGAAAUGUCCAAAUUAUUGGAAUCUGUUUACAAUGAGAAUGGUAAAAUGUCAAAGGUUUUGUUUAAUCGAUUGGUGGAUAUGCAUAUGAAUAAGGCAGGAAAUAAUAACGUGUUCUCCUUUAACGAAUUUUUGGGAAUUUACAGAAAUAUCUUUGGAGAAGAUCAAGACGCAGCUCAGCAAUCAUCAUCUUCUGGUUUUGUUCUUCCAGGAAUGUAA